GCUCUUGAUAUCAUCAGCUGGUAUGCUAUUGUAUAAGCUCAUCAUUCAGACAUGGCAUUUCGGGACCACCAACUCUCUCAAGAAAUGGCCCUCCCUCACCACUUUACCGACCACCAUCACCACCAGACCUCCUCCGUCUACCACCACGACCACCCCCACCCCCAACACUCCUCCCCGGACAGCCAUACUAAACCACCCCCUACUUGGCUCAACAGCUCCAUCCUCCAAUCCCACCCUCACCAGUGGCUCCCCACUCAAAGUCAACCCAGCCCACCAACCACCGCCGACACUGCUGAAACCAACACCACCACAAAUGUCGGCGGCGGAGGAGAUAAUAAUAACAAUAACUGGGAGAAAGAGAAGUGCAUGGCGGAUAUUUUGAAUCAUCCUCUCUAUGAACAACUACUGUCGGCGCAUGUGUCUUGCCUGAGAAUUGCGACGCCGGUGGACCAGCUGCCGAGAAUUGACGCUCAGCUGGCUCAGUCGCAGCAAGUGAUGGCUAAAUACUCUCUGAUUGGACAAGGUCAACAGCCCCUCGAUGAUAAGGAUCUCGAUCAGUUCAUGACGCAUUAUGUUCUACUGCUCGCUUCCUUCAAAGAGCAACUUCAACAACAUGUUCGUGUUCAUGCAAUGGAAGCAGUCAUGGCUUGUUGGGAGCUCGAGCAAUCGCUGCAAAGCUUGACAGGGGUACCACCAGGUGAAGGUACAGGAGCAACCAUGUCUGAUGACGAUAGUGAAGAAACUAACUUGUUUGAUGAAAGUCUAAAUGGAUCAGACAACAUGGGAUUUGGUCCUUUGGUGCCCACAGAAAGCGAGAGGUCCUUGAUGGAGCGUGUGCGACUAGAACUGAAACACGAGCUUAAACAGGGUUACAAGGAGAAGAUCGUGGACGUCAGAGAGGAAAUUUUACGUAAAAGAAGAGCUGGAAAACUUCCGGGGGACACUACAUCUGUCUUAAAAACCUGGUGGCAAACUCAUUCCAAGUGGCCAUAUCCUACGGAGGAAGAUAAAGGAAAACUGGUGCUGGAAACUGGGUUGCAACUAAAACAGAUUAACAACUGGUUCAUCAACCAAAGAAAAAGGAAUUGGCACAGUAAUCCUUCGUCAUCAACUUCUCACAAAAGCAAACGCAAGAGUAGUGCAGGUGACAAAGCAACCAAUGAAUGCUUUAUGUGAAUGGAAAAAUGAUGAGUUGAAGAAACUAGUUUAUUCUUCAUGUUCACAUCCCUGCAAGGUUUCUGUAGCCAGUUUUGCUGUUGGAAGAAUAGUUACUUCAGAAAUAGCAAUGGUUAUAAAAUGUGGUCGACGAGAGCGUGAAGAACUGAAACUGAUGGCGACUUGCUCUGCACUGCUGAAAACAUGUAGAAACUAUAACAGUAUACAACUUGUUGAGUUCAAUGAGAUGAACAUACGAGUAGGAAGAGGUUGAACUGAAAUAUUUUUGUUUUGCUCAUAUCACCAUUAUUGGCGCCAAUUCUACUCUUUCAGAAUGUGUAUUUAAAUGACCCUUGGUUUUUCCAUGGAUGGAUUAUACUAUUUCUGUUGUCUGCUGUACGUGUUCCCCAAAGAUGAUUGAAUGCUCAUUUUUUUUUC